AUGAAUUUCAUACCGCUGCAAUACGAAAGUUUGAAAGCUGUCCUGAUUCAUAUAGAUGCUAACAUUCGAUUCAAAAUAUCCCAACGACUACCCACAAUACGCAUUACGGAAAAAUUAGUACCACUCAGAGUACGAAGUUUGAAACUUGACGAGUUUUGCACCAUUGUCAAUGACACUAAGUAUCAAUUGGACAUCUAUCGGGAGUUCGAUUCUGGUGAGAACAUAUUACAGCAAAUCAAGAUGGAGAACGAUUUUGGGGGAGUCAAAUCAGAUCUGGAUCAAUACGGUUUCCGAAUCUCACCUGGAAAUUCUGUGUGGACUCCUGGCGACGUUUCAUUUCGAGAUAUGAUCGGUCAUGACUUUCCAUUCGACACGAUCAUUAUUGAACGAAUGAUUCGAGAAGAGUUGAAAAGAAGGCUUUGCUACUAA